GGCAGGACAAGGGGCUAUUUCUGGCCAGGGCAAAGCGAUCAGUCGCUGCUGAACUAUUCGCACAACCGUACAAGCUUUUUUUCCCCCCCUCCUCCCCGUUUCUGACCAUUUCGACAAGAAAACAAGACCCUCCUAUCGUUUCUUUUAUGAAUCUGGCAAAUUACUCUUACUUCUCUGGCAUGUGCAACAUGACCGCCGAGAUGCAGCACUCGCCCGCCGAGGCGAGUCCCGUGGUCAUGUCCCCGGGCGUGUGCCUGGACUCCCCGCAGCCGGCCGCGAUGCUCCAGGCCCGGUCCAAGGACAACGUUCUGAUCAAGUCGGAGCCCCGCGGGAACAGUCCGAGCGCGGAGGACGGAGCCGCUCCGGGACAGACCGAGGAGCACCUGCCCACCGGCAGCCGGCGGAGGAAGAGGCCCGUCCAGAGGGGGAAACCUCCCUACAGCUACAUCGCUCUCAUCGCCAUGGCCAUAGCCAACUCCCCCGAGAGGAAGCUCACCCUGGGGGGCAUCUAUAAGUUCAUCAUGGAGCGCUUUCCCUUCUACAGGGAGAACUCGAAGAAGUGGCAAAACUCCAUCCGCCACAACCUCACCCUCAACGACUGUUUUGUGAAGAUCCCCCGGGAGCCCGGCAGGCCGGGCAAAGGCAACUACUGGACCUUGGACCCCGCCGCCGAGGACAUGUUCGACAACGGCAGCUUCCUGCGGCGGAGGAAGCGGUUCAAGCGCACGGACGUGAGCACCUACCCGGGCUACAUGCAGAGCUCCAGCGCGUUCACCCCGACCCCGAUGGGCCGGCCGUCGUACCCCAACACCCUGUACGCGGGGAUAGGCACCGGGUACGGCGCUCCGCUGACGGCCGCGUCCCCGCACCAGGCCAUGCUGCAUCACUACCAGACCUCCGGCGGGGUCGGCCAAGGGCAGCCGCGCAGCAUGUUCAGCAUCGACAACCUCAUCAGCCAGCAGGCGGUGGCGCAGGGCGGCCCGGGUGGGGGGGGGGACCUCAACUCCCAGGCGCUGGGGCUGGGGCUGCACGCGGGAGGUGACAUGGGCACCAUGGCCUCCAGCUGCUCGGUCACCGGCAGCGACCAGUCGGGGUGCUUCCAGGGCCAGACUGUCAACCCCUCGGGGAACAUGCUGAGCAGAAACAGCGGGAACCUCUCCGGGUACCCGUACUCCUCCUCGGGCUCCUCGGGCUCCCCUCCGCACCUGUCCACCAUGGGCCAGUCCGGGUUCUCCCCGGGGAGCUCUCAGGUGUACUGCUCCGGGAACCGGCUGUCGCUGCCGGCCCUGCGGCCGGGCUCCUGCGCCGAGCACACGGAUCAGCUGCUGGGCCUCCCCAGCCCCAUGAACUCCUACAACAACUCCUACAUGAGACAAGCGAACUUUGCGUCAGGGCUGGAGCGCUAUAUGUGACAGAUUAAUACCCCCCCCGAAACGAAUAAAUCCGUAUUAACAAUUGCUUGCUAGUCCCAAUAUUAAAGUAGGCCCUCACACAUUGAAGCAUGUGGCGGUAAUAUCACUAAUACCAUUGGGCCUCUUCACGAUGUCUGCUAUUCAUUAAACGACAGAUAAAUGUAUUUUCUCCCGGGAUCAGUGAAGAAAUGCCACGUUUGUGUUGUGAAAUCAAAUGACCGAGCCUCGUGAUGAAACAUUCCUAUUUUGAAAAGCCAUUUCGAUCCGUUUGACACAUUCCAUGACUGUAUGUCACGUAGUUACGUGUAUUUUAUUGUGCCACCUUUCGUUCAUAUUUCCUGCGUGUCAGUUAGUUUAACACGUGUUUGUUACUCAUGUGGGCCGUUUUCCGUGUAAAUAGUUUGUUGAAACUUCAUUAAAAGAAAAGAGUGUUAUCGUUGUAGACAACAGGUCGCCUUGAAUAAAUUCAGGUUUUUUUACAGUAAAAUAAAUGUAGUCUUUAUUCUCGAUAGUUCAAAUCUAUUUGUCCGUGAAAGUAAAAUUAUUAUACUAAAAUAUUUUUGAAAAAUCUCCCUUGAUUUUAGUGAAGCAGAUGGUUAUUCGUGUGUGUAACAGCUCAGUAACAGAUCUUUAAAUCUAAAAGAUUUGUAACAAUAGUAAUAAAUCAAAGGUAAAUGUGGCACAUGUCCUACUCAAUGUAGCUACAAAUUAACUAUCACGUAAACAAUUAUACACCCAUAUUCACAAAACAUGAAUUUAGAGUUCUUUGAAUCACAGAAACUCACUGUAAACUAAUCAAACUUUUUGACUGAAAGCUGUACGAAUUAAGUAAAAAUCUGUUAUAAACAGGGCAUAUUGUUCAAAAUUCUAAAUGUGUAUUUACCUUUACAGUUUGGUCUGAAGGUCAUUAAUCUUCAAAUUUAGCUAAAAACAAUAUUUAUCACAAUUUAACUUGUACAGUUUUCUUCAACUCAUUUAUUUUCUUUGAAUUGCAGGCUGGCAACUUAAAAGUGAUAUUUACUGGCUGAAUUGACGCUGAAUUGUCCAUUUAGGUAAAGUUUGUAUUAGAUCGUAGUUUUUUUGUGAGUGUUUAGACAGUGUUACCUGUUAUCAUUUACACUGGCUAUUUCAGAAUAAAUGUUAUACUUGUAUGUAUUAAAGUGGUGCUAUGAAUUGCCAUGCCCAAGAUUAUGCAUAUAAUGAAUGAAUGAAUUAUUAUUAUUUCAUUGCUCAGAAAUCCAGUGCAGAUGAUUUAGGCCUAUACAGCGCCAUAAAACCUGAACCAAAUACAUAUUAAACAGGAAUUUUAUUAAUGCAUUGCAUGUACUUCUCAUUACCUUAUUUUGUUAAUUAAGGCAUUAUCUUGAAAAGCAUUCAGGAAACUCAGAUAUCCAGUGCAGACGUAUAGUGCAGGUUGAGGAAGCAGCUGAACCAUCAGGGCUUCAGGUGAGGUCAUGGCAUUUUGUUAAGAAUCAUUAUGCAUCAGCGAUGUCAUUGAAGGACAUUUGGGGAAAGUGCUAAACUGCUUGGAUUUGCAGUUUAGGGAAAUGUUUCACCAACCGGAAUUGGAGAAACUUGGAUGUCGCAAUUGAACCAUAUUAAACAAAUUGAGAGGAAAGCACUAUUUUAGCCUAUUAAGUGCUGCAGAAUAGAUUGUUCUAAGUUGCAUGGUCUGUUUUGGCUGCACAACUGGGAAAAGUAUUUUUUUUUUACUAUAUUUUGGAUAUAGUGUAUAUUGGCAUC